GUUUUAUAGAAAAAAUUGUAUUCAAACGCUAAAUUCUCAGAUCGAAUUUGAUAAUAUUUUCCAAAAUUUGUGUAAUCUUUGGCAAUGGCGAACAAUUUUAACACGAGAAAAGUGAUGCAGGUAGCGGAGGAGGGGGCACCACCUGUUCACAUUCCCAUAAUGGUUGGCAAUGAGAUUAUUGUGCUCACCCAGCAGGACAUUCGUCGUGUGGAAGACACGCGAGUGAUAAGCUACAGUCGUGUAGGACCCAACGGGCAGUUUCUUCCCUUGGAUACUUCUUCGCCAGGUGCGGUUUAUUUCCCCCCGCCAAACACCACGCACUUCUGCACUUUGGAUGAUCUUCUCCGCAAUGCUUCUGACAAAAGGGAAACCUCGAACCCGCUGAAGACAGUUGCAAGUGUGUCUACUCAAUUGGUUUGGUCAAAGAAAAAGUCGGGAUCUGAACACCGUUUACCACUUUGCUACGAUGCCGGCACCUCGACAUCCGGGUUGAUGACAAACACUGGAUGCCAGCACUGCCCCAAGUGCGAGACGCAGCACUCGAGCUGUCAAACUCAAAUGUUUGCCAAAACGCAGACAACUGUGGAGCGCGAGAUGCCUCGGAAUGCGAGUUGCCAAACGAAGGACACCGCCACCCCAACUAGAACUUCUAUUGUGAAGGCUCCACAGAAUGUGGGUUGCCAAACUCAGAGCUGUCUCAGUGAAAAUACCUAUAUGAAGAACGAGCCCGCUAACUCGAGAUGCCAGGCUCAGCGCAACACAAACUCCACCGGGUGCGGUACAUAUAGCGACCUAUUUGAAACGACCUCAGCAGAGUCUUACACAUCAGCUGAAUGUGAUUACACUUCAUCGGUGGAAAGCACCUGUCAGCACUGUAAGUCACAACCGACCUGCACGGAUCAGACGUUGAUAGUACCAAUGCAACCUCAAGUUCAGUCGCCCGUACCACCACAGGAGCAGCCUUGCACAUCUAGACAUAUCCGCUUUGAUCUCUGCACCCAGGUUAAUAACUUUGAACCUCAUGUGGAACCUCAUUUCUAUAGAACGAUACCGUUGGGCCAAAAUCCCUAUCCGCGAGCUCAAGUCUCCAAGCCAUCAGUCUCCAAACAUACGGGUUGGACGAAUCUCAAUCCUGAUCACGAAAUACUUCAGCAGGAGCUCAGUCAAAACGCGUCCAUAAGUAAACAUCAGUAAUGCUAUAGUUUUUAUAUCACCGUUUUUCGCGAUUUCUUAUGCUGCUAUAUGCCAUUUUUUUUUAAACCAAAAUUAAAGCUAUUUUUUUAACUU